AUGACUGAUUCUAACACGGGCCGUUUUAUCCAUCGGGCUGAAACACAUUCAAUGCAAUACAACAUUACGCUCCACUGUUCUACUGCGUACUACCAACUCGCAUCUCUAAAUUCCGAGCAUUGUGGCGAGCCUUUUUUUGCCACAGAGCUGUCUCAGAAGCAGCGCAUGUUUUGCCAGGUGAAGCCCACGAUAGUAUGGGUGUGGGGGGGGGGGUAG